GCCAACAGCAACAGGGGCGACAUACUUCCUUGUUCCCAUCCAUGGAGCUAGAAAAAAUCAUCUCCCCUCCAACUCUGGACUGGCAUCGCAGAGAGAGAAAGGAGCACUUGUUGGCUUUGACCUCUCCGAUACGGUGUCCGAGCAGAGGGAAAGCACGAUUCCUUCACGAUGCCAUCAGCGAAGAAGCACAGGAGAAAAGACCCCCAAAGUCCCCAGGAACCUUCAGAAAAGACCAAAGAGCAGCUGCUCGAGGUGGAGCUUCGGAAGCUGAGACAGCAGUUCCGGAAAAUGGUGGACAGUCGGAAGUCCUUUAACUUCCAAUCCCAGCAGAAGAUCACGAACCAGCACAAGGAAAUCAAGACCCUGCAGGAGGAGCAGGAGGAGAUCACCCUGCUUUUAAAUCUCAUCAAGUCCUCCAGGAACUUGGAUCUGAAUGAGAAAAACUACGUGGAGCUGCGUUUCUUGCUGCAAACCAAGGAGGACUACGAGGCUCUGAUUAAAUCCCUGAAACUGCUGUUGGCUGAUCUGGAUGAGAAGAUUGUUCAGAUGGAAAAAAAAAUUGUUAACCAAAGACAGAUCUUCACAAAAAUACAGGAGGCCAACAACCCCCAGAAACUGCAAAAACAGAUUCACAUUUUGGAAACACGUUUGAAUCUCGUUACUGUACACUUUGACAAGAUGCUGACUGCCAAUGCUAAGCUCCGGAAGGAGAUUGAAGACCUGCGGUAUGAGAAGGCUGCAUAUGACAACGUCUACCAGCAGCUUCACCACCGUCUUCUGAUGCAGAAGAAAACAAUGAACACGGCCAUUGAGCAGUCUGCGCAGGCAUAUGAGCAGAGGCUGGAAGCCAUGGCCCGAAUGGCUGCCAUGAAGGACCGGCAGCAGAAGGACAUCUCUCAGUACAACCUGGAGAUCCGAGAGCUGGAACGCGUCUAUGCUCAUGAAACUAAACUCAAGUCCUUCCUGCUCGUCAAGCUAUAUGAUCGCUUGGAGUUUGAGGAGCAGGCCAAAAAGGAAGAAGCUCUCAAGUCAAAGAAGCACAGGAAGAAGAACAAGGGUGAGAGUUUUGAGAGCUACGAAGUGGCUCAUCUCCGGCUGCUGAAGUUGAUUGAGAAUGGGAACCUGAAUCAGCUCAUUGAAGAGUUUCUGGCCAAGGAGGAGAAGAACUUCGCUCGGUUCACGUAUGUGACGGAGCUCAACAAUGACAUGGAGACCAUGCACAAGAAGACCGAGAGAAUCCAGAAUGAAAUCAUGCACUUGCGAUCCCAGCAGAAAUCGGUCCAUGAUGACAACGACUCCGCCCUGAGACAGCUGGAGGAGAAACUAAAGAAGACCACGGAGGAGGCAGAUAUGUACGAGAACAAUCACAGGGAGAUCAGCAAGACCUUGGAGUAUCUCAAGAAUGCUGUGGAGAACCUGUUUAAGAAGAUACAUUGUGAUGCCACCAAGAUCCUGGUGCAGUUAGGGGAGACAGGGAAGGUCACAGAUACCAACCUCCCGCAGUACUUUGCCAUCAUUGAAAAAAAGACCAACGACCUGCUGCUGUUAGAAUCCUACAAGCGGAUCAUGGAUAUGGAAGUGGCAGAGGCGGAGGUCCCGCCACCCUUCAUCAACCCCUUCUGGGGCGGCUCUGCCCUCCUCAAGCCUGCAGAACUCGUCAAGGUCACGCCCCCAGUGCUCGGGGCUGAACCCCUUAGCGACAAGCUGGACGAAGUGGACCAGCCCCUGGACCACAGCAGCCUUCGGCAGCUGGUGCUCAGCCAUUACACGGCGAGAGAGUAUCGAAAUAGGGAUUUACAACUGGACGGCACAUCUGAAAAGGGGGAAGAUCUGAGGUCCAAGAAGAAGUUAAUGGUUUGAGGGAGAUGUGGCCACGUUUGUACCAUAACCGGAGAAAGUAAAUGCUUUUUUCCAUAACCCCAGUGCCUCGUCAUGCUCAUUUCUAAGAGACUGGGGUGCUGGAGGGGGCACGGGGCAGAGGGGCAGGAGGGACAAGUCCCAAAGUCAGUGCAGGGGGCAGGAAUGGUGUGAGGUCACCAUGGCUCCC